GGUGGACUUGUCUCCUGGUUACGCGCUGGAUAUCCCGGUUACCGGCAUAUGCACAAUCUGGAGAUCCGGGAAGAGGAGUGUCCGUCGGCAGCGCGCACCCAUCGGCUUCCAGGUAGAGGUGCGAGACGCGGGCAGGUCGGACGAAGACACCACCACCACCAUCAUCAUCAUCACCAUCAUCAUCAUCAUCAACGUCAUCGUCAACCAGGGUAAGAAACAUCCACAGAGUUCGGUAAAGCGGAGCGUCUGAUUGAAUGUGAUCAGAUGGCGUCAACCAGAGAUCCAGCGGUGAGCCUGGAGCAGAAAGAUGCAGCUGACCAAAACUUUGACUACAUGUUCAAGCUGCUGAUCAUCGGCAACAGCAGCGUUGGAAAGACCUCCUUCCUGUUCCGCUACGCAGACGACUCCUUCACGUCAGCCUUCGUCAGCACAGUGGGCAUUGAUUUCAAAGUCAAAACCGUCUACAGGAACGACAAGCGGGUCAAACUACAGAUCUGGGACACAGCGGGACAGGAACGCUACCGGACCAUCACCACAGCUUAUUACAGAGGAGCCAUGGGAUUCCUGCUCAUGUAUGAUAUCACGAGCCAGGAGACAUUCUGCGCAGUUCAAGACUGGGCAACUCAGAUCAAGACGUACUCGUGGGACAACGCUCAGGUCGUGCUGGUUGGCAACAAGCUGGACUUGGAAGAAGACAGGCAGGUUCAGACUGAGGAUGCCCAGAGACUGGCUACAGAGCUUGGCUUCCAGUUCUUCGAGGCCAGUGCCAAAGACAACGUCAACGUGAAGCAGGUCUUUGAGCAGCUGGUGGACGUAAUCUGUGAGAAGAUGAACGACAGCGUCAACGGCGAUGCCAGUCUGUCAGCCAAUCCCAAGGGAGACGGCCUGAAGGACACGCCAGGCAGCAGCCAGGGUGGCUGUGCAUGCUGAUUAGCCGAUAUUGGAAAUUCAUUGACUGUGGAUUCAUAGCCACGCACACACACACACACACACACUCACACUCACACUCACACACGCAAAUUGACAUAAAUCUGUCAUUGUGAAUGUACUUUACAAUGUGUUACUGCAAUACUAUCACGGACGCUUGGCUUCCUUCUUUUUUCUUGCUGUCGCUUCUUAACCGGCGCUUCCUCAUUGUUUGAGUGUGACUGUUACACUGAGAUGCCAAAGACCUUGGUCGGACGAGCAGCUGUGCCUUCUGCCCCAAAAUGCCUUUUCUGUAUGAUUUCUUGUUGAAUGGGUGACUAUCACCUGCUGCAGGUGAGGAUAUGUACAAAAAGGCAUGAACCAAAUUAGCAUGGCAUGUGAAUCACUGUUGUAUACUUGUGUCAUGCUGCCCCCUAGUGGGUAGCAUGUAAAAAUGCAUCACUGUGACUCAAUGCCCCAUAUUUUACCAGUAUGUCCUGUAUAUCAGUAUAUGUCAAAUAUACCUGAGGUAUGCUGUGUCAUUCCAGGUGUAUGUGUUACUGCUGUUUUGGAUGGACAUUAUCAUUUCCUUUAAUUUAUAUAAAUUUUUUUGUACUUGUGAUGUUUCGUCCUAGUCCAUUAUUUCCUUAGCCAGGUUUAUUCUGUCAUUCUAAAAAUUGAGAUUAAAAGAUAUGGAUCAAUA